GGCGUGGCGGUGCAAUGAGCGAGGCUGACGGGCUGCGGCAGCGCCGGCCACUGCGGCCGCAAGUUGUCACGGACGAUGGCCAGGCUCCUGAGGCCAAGGACGGCAGCUCCUUUAGUGGCAGAGUUUUCCGAAUGACCUUCUUGAUGCUGGCUGUUUCCCUCACUGUUCCCCUGCUUGGAGCCACGAUGCUGCUGGAGUCUCCUAUAGAUCCCCAGCCUCUCAGCUUCAAAGAACCCCCUUUCUUGCUUGGUGUUCUGCAACCAAAUACGAAGUUGCGACAGGCAGAAAGGCUGUUUGAAAAUCAACUUACUGGGCCAGAAUCCAUAGCAAAUAUUGGUGAUGUGAUGUUUACUGGUACAGCAGAUGGCCGGCUUGUAAAACUUGAAAACGGGGAAGUGGAGACCAUCGCCCGGUUUGGUUCAGGCCCAUGCAAAACCCGAGACGAUGAACCUGCUUGUGGUAGACCCCUAGGCAUCCGGGCAGGGCCCAAUGGGACUCUUUUUGUGGCCGAUGCAUAUAAGGGACUGUUUGAAGUAAAUCCUAGGAAACGUGAAGUAAAACUACUGCUAUCCUCUGACACACCCAUUGAGGGAAAGAAAAUGUCCUUUGUGAAUGAUCUUACCAUCACUCGUGAUGGGAGGAAGAUUUAUUUCACAGAUUCUAGCAGCAAAUGGCAAAGACGAGAUUACCUGCUUCUGGUUAUGGAGGGCACUGAUGAUGGGCGCCUGCUGGAAUAUGAUACUGUGACCAAGGAAGUGAAAGUUUUAUUGGACCAGUUGCAGUUCCCUAAUGGGGUCCAGCUUUCUCCUGAGGAAGACUUUGUCCUGGUGGCAGAAAUGACCAUGGCCAGGAUACGAAGAGUCUACGUGUCUGGCCUGAUGAAGGGAGGAGCUGAUAUGUUCGUGGAGAACAUGCCUGGAUUUCCUGACAACAUCCGACCUAGCAGUUCCGGAGGUUACUGGGUCGCUAUGUCAACCAUUCGCCCUAACCCUGGGUUUUCCAUGUUGGAUUUCUUAUCUGAGAAACCUUAUAUUAAAAGAAUGAUUUUUAAGCUGUUCAGUCAGGAGACAGUGAUGAAGUUUGUGCCACGGUAUAGCCUGGUCCUGGAACUUAGUGACAGUGGUGCCUUCCGGAGAAGUCUUCAUGAUCCUGAUGGGCUGGUGGCUACCUACAUCAGUGAGGUGCACGAGCAUGAUGGGCAUCUGUACAUGGGCUCCUUCAGGUCCCCCUUCAUUUGCAGACUCAGCCUCCAGUCAGUUUAGCCAGCUCAGCAACUGACCCCACCAUGCGUGCUAGGAAUUGCCACACUCGGCCACCAUAUCUUGUCCGGGAGUAGCUGUGGACAUAGCUCUGUCCUGUGUACCUUUCAGCCCUCAGAGGUGUGGUGGGAAUAGCUGCUGCAACCCCAACGAUGUGCAGACUCUGAGGUGUACUCCUCACCUGGGCUUGACUUCACCUGUAGAGUGAAGUAUAACAUAUCUGCCACAGGGAAGACAAAUUCAUGUAAAGCCAUUUUCUCUUAAGAGAAAAAAAAAAAAAACUCUCAAGUACAGUAAUUGUGUGGAACUUGAUAAACUCCAUGCACUUUUAACAGGGCUCAGGGUUUGGUAGAUAGAGCAGGAGAUGAGCUGCCCAGGGAUCUUAUUGUUGCUACUGGUUCUGUCCUGCCAACCUCAGUCUUUCUUCUGAAAUGGGAUCUUUUGUUUUGUGUGUGUAUAUGGGCUGGGGAGCCUUGUACAAGUAUGUUGAGGUCAGCUGGUAGAUGCUGCACAAACCAAGACCUAGAUUGUGCUCUCAGUUAUUGUGUGAAACACUGAUCCUUGGGCCCUGGGUAUUUCCUGCCACAGUAGAGGGGCAUCUGCCCACACUCCACCUUCUGUGGCCUAGUGCUUCUUCAUAUCAGAGGUUUGCAGGACUCCUGAGAAGGUGACUAGGAGAAGCAGGCCAAUUUGAGCGGCCCUUGAGAAGACUUGGAGGGGCUUUUUUUCUGUGAAUACCUGACUCACUGGAAUUGAAUGAUUGAGCGAUUCACUACCUACACUGGGAAGCAUUUAGAAAUGUCAUUUUUAGGCCUUUGUUCUUCACCUCUAGACCCACAGAUGUGAGUAGUGCACGUGUUGAUGUCAUACUUGUGCUAAUGUAAUAAGCCUUGCAAACUCGCUGUAUUUCUUUAAGUAUGUUUGCA